GAAAUUCUUUGUGGGUUUGCUAUGUUGAUUUUGUUUCUUUUUUAUUUUUAGUUUACUAAGAAAAUGUCUGGAGAAGAAAGUGUUAAAGUUGCUGUUCGUGUUCGUCCAUUUAACAAGCGUGAGAGACAGAGAAAUGCAGUUUGCAUAUUGGAAAUGUCAGGUACAACAACAACCAUCACCAACCCUGAUGAUCUUGAUGAUGUGCGGAAAUUUAACUUUGAUUACAGCUACUGGUCACAUGAUGGAGCAACUGAAGAGAAUAAUGGCUAUUUUUCACCAAAGCCUGAUACUUCAUAUAUUGGGCAGAGAGAAGUUUUUAAUGAUGUUGGUGUUGGAAUUUUAAAGAAUGCAUGGGAAGGAUACAAUACCUCUUUGUUUGCAUAUGGACAAACAGGAAGUGGAAAAAGUUGGUCUGUAGUUGGGUAUGGUGCAAACAAAGGCAUUGUUCCACGCUUUUGUGAAACUUUAUUCAAAGAGAUUUCUGAGAAGAAGCAACAAGGGAAUGGUACAGAAUAUGAGGUUGUCUUCAGCAUGUUAGAGAUCUACAAUGAACGAGUUCAUGAUCUACUCAAUCCAAAAGGUGGAAAGAAAUCGUUAAAAGUUCGUCAACAUCCUAAAAAGGGUUUUUAUGCUGAUGGUCUCCUAGUUGUUCCUGUCAAAGAUUAUGCUAAUAUUGAAAUGCGUAUGGAGGAAGGAACUAAGAAUCGAACAAUUGCUGCCACCAAUAUGAAUGCUACUAGCAGUCGUGCACAUACAAUUGUUGGUGUAACAUUUAUUCAGAAGGUAAAAAACGCUGCUGGUGAAGAAACGGCAAAAUCUUCAGUCGUAAAUCUUGUUGAUCUGGCUGGAAGUGAACGAGCUGAUUCUACCGGAGCUACAGGUGAUCGUUUGAAAGAAGGUGCUGCAAUUAACCAAUCACUUUCAAGCCUUGGCAAUUGUAUAGCAGCGUUAGCUGAAAGAUCUGAAGGGAAAAAAGUAAGAGUUCCAUUCCGUGAUUCUGUACUCACAAAACUGCUGAAAAACGCUCUUGGUGGAAACAGUAAGACUAUAAUGAUAGCAGCUCUUAGUCCUGCAGAUAUCAAUUACGAAGAAACAUUGUCAACAUUGAGAUAUGCGGAUCGUGCAAAGCAAAUCAAAACAAAAGCGACAAUUAAUGAGGAUCCAACCGAGAAACUAAUUCGUGAUUUGCAAGAAGAAAAUGAAAAAUUAAAAGCAUUGUUAGCCAGUGGAGGGAAAAUAGAAAAAAUAAAAUUUGAAGAUGAUGACGAUGAUGAUGAUGACGAUGCUGACGAAUCGGGAUUGAGUGAGGAAGAGAUAAAAGCUCGUGUAGAAGAAGAGCUGGCUGCUAGGAUGGCAGAAAAUGAACGCAUGGUAAAGGAGAUGGAGCAGAAAUGGGAGGAAAAAUUGGCUACUGCUGAAAAUGAAAAUACAGAAAAAGAUGAGAAGGAGAGACGACUUAUUCAACAGAAAAAAUCAACACCACAUUUAUAUAACUUAAGCCCAGAUCCUAUGUUGACUGGUAUGGUGGUUCACCUGUUAAAGAAAGGUAUAAAUAAAAUUGGAAAAAGCAGUCAAGAUCCACAACCCGAUAUCCCACUUUUGGGAAUCAACAUACGUCCCGAUCAUGGCGAGAUUUCAUUCGUUGAUGAAAAGGUGUACAAACUAAGAGCAUGUGCGGAUGCGAGACUGUUAAUAAAUGGUCAACCUGUCACUGGUGAGAUCGAGCUUCACCAUCAUGAUAGAAUACUGCUUGGUUCCAGUCAUCUUUAUAUUUUCGCAAAUCCAGAAGAGCUGGAAAAGUUGAAGUCAGAUGGUGUUGAAAUAGUUAAAGUUUCGUAUGAAGCUGCGCAGGAGGAGAUAGCGAAGAACAGUGGCGUCAAUAUGAAGAAAUCAUCACAAAGCAACUUUGGUGACGUAGACGACAUUGUUCUGACGGAAGAUUUGACGGAUUUUUUACCCUCUGUGAGCGAAGCGAAUGGUAUCAGUGAAGAACUAGAUAAAAAGGUUCAAUUCGAAGCUGUAGUAUUGUCCGGUCAAGUAAGAGGAAGAUCUGAUGCCCGGAACGAAAUAUUUGUAAAGGUGACCCAAUUAGACACAGGUUACAUUUGGUUUUGGACAAAACAAAAAUUCAUUAACAGAAAAUAUGUCAUGCAAGAGAUGUUUGAGGAUUUUCAGAAUGGGGAAGAGUGGAAAGUACCUGUCGAACGCGAUCCUUUUUUAGAAUCGCCUGACACGGAAAGUUUAGUUGGUGUGUGUGAAAUAUUCAUGAAGUGCAUCACGUAUAUGAUUGAUUUAAGUGUAUCGGUUCCUGUGGUUGACUAUCGAGGUGCGCACGUAGGAACGUUGGAUGUCUCAGUUCUACCCUGUAAAGAAGAUGGUACAGAACUUCACGAAAAAGAUUGUUAUCUAGAUACUUCAGAUGAAUUGGAAGGGAAGAGAAUUGACUUCAAAGUUAUAAUAAAGGCUGCAACUGGCUUACCUAAACGAUACACUGAUAUAUACUGCAAAUAUGAUUUAUUCACAUACGAGAAUAUAAAAACAGAAAUCUUAAGUGAGUCUGUUGAUGUUACUUUCGCACAUACGAAACAGCUAACCGUUGACAAAUGCUCGAAAAAGAUUUUAUCAUUUCUGACCAGCAAACCUAUGAUUAUUCAAAUCUGGGGUAAACAGAAACCAGGGCGUGCAAAACCGGUCAAUAACGCCGCUAAAUUGGGCCAAACAACACGUGACAUUAUGAAGGCGGAAGCGCUAAGAAAAAGUCAAGGUGGAAAAGCAACAAAAAAGUCUUUGGUUGACGCGAAUUUUUCAAAGAACAUGGUGGAAAAUAUGGUGAUGAAAAAACGAAUGGAGGGAUUACAAAAAAAAUUAUUAAAAAUAAAAGAUUUGUGUGACAAAGAAGAAAAGAAGGGCGAAACGAAAGUUACAAUUGCUGAUGUACGUGAAAUUCUUGGUAAUGUUGCUCCUGCCACACGUGAUCGUUUCUCCAGCCAAUCAUCGUCUUCAUCGUCGUCAUCUGAUGAAGAAAGCACACCUGACAAAAGAAAAAGGAAAGGUAAAAAAGUGUCGGAGACUGAAAAAAUAAAGAAAACAUCCAAAGAAAGAAAAGAAUCGAAGCUUAAAAACGAAUCAUCAGUUAAAACAGAUUUCAAUGCUAAGAAACAAUCUAAGACCAACAAGCAGUCUGUUACUAGUGUCAAAAAAACUGUUGAAGAAGAGAAAGAGGCUGAAAAACAUCAUGUUGAAAAGAGUGAAAAUAACAAUGUGACAAAAGUGAGGGAGGGUGAUUCUUCAAAUAAAAAUAAUUCAGGAAAAAGCUCAUUUUGCGCAUUAGUAUAAUUGAUCCCAGUUGUUUCUUACGAUCAUCUUCUGUCUGUUCAGAUUGCAUGGAACCAAUCAUUUUUGUAUUUAGCUACACGUUUGUUUAUAUAAGAAAUCCCGUAUGAUACUAAGAAUCAUUUACUAGUGAUUUAACAGAAAUGCUUAAUAAUUUUAACAGUAAACUCCAGAAAAAUUAAGAAACCUAGGUUACUAGGCUAUUUGCUUGCUUUCUAAUUAGAUUGCUACCCAGCCGUGUUCGUUGUACAUCAUGCUAUGCCUUUUUUGAGAAACUUUUCUGAAGCCUUUAAAAACAAAACAUGUUCCCAUAACACAAUCCUGAAUGAGGUCGAGUUUUUUUCGAGUAUUUUUUUUCUUUCUUUCUUUUUUAAUAAAUCCAGUAAAAUGAAUAUAAGGGAUUGAGUUUUUUUAUACAAAAUAUAUAUUUUUUCAAUGUAUUAGUAUUAUAGAAUUAAUUUUUAAUCGAUGCUUGAAUGCAGCCUCCGUGAUUGUACCCACAAUGUUUUGUGUGUGAAGAACAAAAUUUUUAGUUUCGUGUCCCACUCUAUUUAUAUUAUCUUUUCUAUUCAAUCUACGUUAAUUAUAUUUUUCCGCAAUUGAUUUUAACAAUUCAUAAUUAAAUUGCAUCUAAUCCUUUUCAUGGGAUGGUUUGAGGUCAUCCUGUCCUCUUGUGAACAAAAGCCAAAACAAAUUUAUAGGCUUUUAUUAGCAUGAAUACCGUCAUUCCUCUUUUUAGCCCCCGGUUCUGGAGGUUUUAGACGGGUCUUAAUAGAAGGGGGGCUAAAUAAAGGAAGGGGGGUAAAUAAAUAUUAGAAUUUUAAACACAAUAUCUAUUUUUCAAAUUAAUACAAAAAGCCCGUCGUAAAGAAAAAGAACCAUAGAUAUUUUGCAAAUAAAACUUAGGGAGAAAAAAUUAAAUCUGCAGCAUGUAGAUAUCAUUGACGCUAAAUCAACUAAAUAUAGGGAAGGGGCUAAAAAGAGGAAUUACGGUACUACCGCCUUCUAUGUUAUAUCUUUAUGUAACUCUAUCUUUCUAAGUGAUUUUAAAGAUUAGCUACGCCUCUCCCCAAGCGAAAAUCAAACAUAAGAAUAUAUUUAAAAACUCCCUUAACACGAGUCAAAAAUGUAAAUAUUUGGGUAUUUUUUUUAAUAAUCACAGUAUUGGAUAGUGUUGUCAAUUUAUUUUGAAUUUGGAAUGAGAUAUUUCUAA